AUGCAUUCGAGGGGAAAUGGAUACCAUCACCACAACGGCACGUACGACGCCGAAGAAGAAGACGACGCCGACAGCGAGGAAGCGUUUCUUUCAGAUUUCGAGGCGCACGUUGAUCCAGGACCAGAACCAGAGACGUCUUCCGCGUAUGUGGGAAUUUCUGUUCCGCUGCACGACAACAACAACAACAACAGUAAUGAAAAAGGAAAACAAGAAGAAGGCGACGAAGAAAAAGAAGAGGAAAAAGAAGAAGAAGAAAGCAAUCGCAUGCACGUAGAGGUAGGCGCACCAGAGCGCAGAGGUGAAGGAUUAAACGCGCACAUAGUCUUUGGCGUUUCGUAUUGGACGACGUUACCGACGUAUGCCAGAAAAUCUGGUUUAGUUCGACGACGGUUUUCACAGUUCAACAAGCUGUAUCAAGCUUUAGUCGAAGAAGUCGCCGGCGUGAUCGUGCCAACGUUACCACCAAAGACGACGUUUCCUUUAGAUGAUCCAAAAUCGCCCGCAAUUGCUUCGCGCGCGACGUUACUGAGAGUAUUUAUAGCGAAGAUCUCGAUGCAUCCUCUUCUGUCGCGCUCAAAAGCUUUGUAUGAUUUUCUCGACUGCUCCAAGAGCAACACGACGUAUAACAAGGUGAAGCUCUCGACGACGAAAGAUGUUAAAAAGAAAACAACUUCCGCUAUUUCAUCCAUUUUCGGUAGCGUUACGAAUGUGAUUUCAUCCAUCAACGAUACCAUAGCGAGUAAAACGUCUGACGGUGAAUUAGGAGGUGGCUCUCAUCUAUUUGACGUCGAAGGAACGCUUCGGGAACCGGCGCUGCACGCGGAGGUUUGUCAGUACAUAUCUUCACUUCGAGAAAGAACGGAAAAAAUGCUCGCCUCGGCGAAAAAAGUAAUCAGACAUAAAGAGAAAACGACGGAGUACUUUUCGGAUUUGUCCACGGUGUUCAACACCAUGCAAGAGCACGAAACGAGAGGAGUAGAAAUCAUUGAACGCAUUUCGGGAGCGGCGAAGGUGAACUGGUCGACGGCGUCUUCAUCUUCAUCGCGACAAGGCAUUUGCUGGAGAAAGGCUGCAAAUACAUUCUCCCGCAUAGCGCAAAGCGACGAUACCCCGGAAACUACCGAGCUCAAGCACGAUAGAAAUAGAUUGUUCCUUGAAAAGAUUAGCGGGUCUCUGCAACUGAUCAUGGAGGUUGUCAACGCGCUCGCGGCGAGGAAAAAAAUAGUAGACGAAUACAAUCACACGUUACAGAGCAUAGCGAGGAACCAGUACAAGAUCUCCUCCCUAGGCUUACCGGACGCUGGACCGAAACGAGAGGAAAAAAGAAGACUCGAAUUGAAAGUAGCCGAUUAUCGAGUCAAGAAGACGACGUUGUUUAAAAAAUACGAAACCGCCAAGGCGAAUAUGGAAAACGAGUUGCUCUGGUUUCACACCGAACUUUCCAAGUCUCUCGGAAGUUCGUUGCGAUUGUUUGUCAUGACGCAAGGAGCAGAAGCUGGAGAGUUGCACAGAAGUUUACUGCAAAUUUAG